CUUCUUGCAGCCUGCUCCUUGACAUCCACCACACACCCACACUGAUCUAAAGGCCACCAAUAUGACAAGGGACCAGAAUGGAACAUGGGAGAUGGAGAGUAAUGACAACUUUGAAGGCUACAUGAAGGCCCUGGAUAUUGAUUUUGCCACCCGCAAGAUUGCAGUACGUCUGAAUCAGACGAAGAUCAUUGAUCAAGAUGGUGAUAACUUCAAGACAAAAACCAACAGCACGUUCCGUAACUAUGCCUUGGAUUUCACUGUUGGGGUGGAGUUUGAUGAGUACACAAAGGGCCUGGACAGCCGGACUCUUAAGACACUGGUCGUCUGGGAAGGUGAUGUCCUUGUGUGUGUGCAAAAGGGGGAGAAGGAGAACCGCGGCUGGAGGCAGUGGGUUGAGGGGGACAAGCUGUACCUGGAGCUGACCUGUGGCGACCAGGUGUGCCGUCAAGUGUUCAAAAAGAAGUGAUGGCCACAUGGAAGGACUGCUGCGCCUGUGCUCCCCACUUCCCUCACAGAGCUCUCUGCUGGCUUGGAGAAGCAGCCGUGAUGACCUCCCGACAGAGCCCCAUUAAGUCAUAUAGACGGGUUUUAACAGAAUGGGUGUGUAACAGUGGCAGACUGUAUUUUACUGUAUUAUUUCUCCUUUAAAGCCUAGCAUUAAACAGAAAAACAAGAAUUACUCCCAUA